AUGGAGGUACGGGACUUGCCCAGAUCCCAGGCAGGAAAGAGAGCGCCAGUGGUGGGAAGAGUUCAAACUGUGGCAACGUGGGAUUGUCUGAAGGGUUUCACUACAUCUCAGAUUAAGCAAGAACCAGAAGAGGGGCUGGACCAGUUGUGUGAGAUCCAGAAAAGAGAAGCUCUGAGGGCUCCAUAUUUGGAUGGAAGAAACUCUCCAUCUUCUCAGUCCUCAGCAGAGAAUAACACUAGGCCGCCUUUUAGCAGAAAGGCCGAUCUCCAUCAACAGUCCUUCAGAGGAAAAGCUGCACCCGAAACCUUGGUAGGCCCAGGUUGUGUGGAAGAUCCCGGAUUUUAUAAAGGCCUGGAUUUCCCAAUGGAAGAGAAGGAAGAGUUGGUGAAGGAUGUCAGUGUGGCGCUACGAUGCCAGCGCUUCCGGCAGUUUCGCUUUGAGGAAGCUGAAGGGCCUCAGAAAGUGUUUGGUCAACUCUGGGACCUCUGCUGCCAGUGGCUGAAGCCAGAGCGUCACUCUAAGGAGCAAAUCCUGGAGCUGGUGAUCUUGGAGCAGUUCCUGAUGAUCCUGCCGCUAGAAAUGCAGAAGUGGGUUCGGGAACAGUGUCCAGAGACGGGGAACAAGGCAGUGGCUUUGGCUGAGGAUUUCUUUCGGAGGCUGCCACAAGAUGAGCAGAGGGAAGAUCUGGAGGACUUUCCUGAUAAACCUUCCAAUUCCGAACUGGAUCCGUUGGAUAUUGUGAAAGUUGAGGUCCCCAUGGAUGGAGACAGAAGCUCCGACCAUCCACAGUACUUCCUUGGAGAAGGGACAGACUUGCCCAAGGGGAUGGAGAGCAGCAGGAGGAUGAAGGCCACUUUUGACUCUCCUCCAAGGAGCCAGAAAGUCCCACUGAAGGAAAAACUGCACAAAUGCCAAUACUGUGGGAAGCUCUCUGACUGCCGCGCCCACCUGAUUAUUCACGAGCAAACCCACACAGGGGAGAAACCCCACAAAUGCUCAACCUGUGGGAAAAGCUUCACCCGGAAGGAAUCUCUGAUUAUCCACAAGAGGUUCCAUACAGGGGAGAAGCCCUACAAAUGCUCGUUGUGUGGCAAAACCUUCCGUGAUAAAAUCGGCUGCCUCAUCCAUGAGAGAACUCACACUGGGGAGAAGCCAUACAAAUGCUCCGAGUGCGGGAAGAGCUUUGGCACUCGUUGUAAUCUCCUGAGGCACCGGAGAGUUCACACAGGCGAGAAACCUUACCGUUGCUCUGAUUGCGGUCAGAGUUUCCGGUACAGACCACAGUUAGUGAUCCACGAAGGAACCCACAAGGAGGAGAAGCCUUAUAAAUGUGCAGACUGUGGAGAAACCUUCAGUCAGACGCGGCAUCUGGUGAUCCAUAAGUGGACUCAUACGGGAGAGAGGCCUCACCAAUGCGCUGUCUGCAGUAAAAGUUUCAAUCAAAAGUCGGACCUUAUUACACACACCAGGACCCACACUGGGGAGAAGCCCUAUGUCUGCUCUGAUUGUGGGAAAAGUUUCAUUUCAAGUUGCCAGCUGAGGAAGCACGAGAGAAUUCACACCGGGGAGAAACCGUACCAGUGCGCAGAGUGCGGGAAACGCUUCACUUACAGUUCUCACCUCACCACGCACAAGCGGACGCACACGGGCGAGAAACCUUACCAGUGCCUGGAUUGUGGGAAAUGUUUCAUUUCUAGUUCUCACUUCACCGCCCAUAAAAGGACGCAUACUGGCGAGAAGCCGUACCAGUGUACCUACUGCGGGAAUAGUUUCAUUCAGCGAUCUCAGCUUGCCAAACAUGAGAGGUCGCACACGGGAGAGAAGCCCUAUAUGUGUUCUGAAUGUGGGCAGAGCUUCCGGUGGAGCCAAGGGCUGAAAAAGCACAUGCGGACUCACACUGGCGAGAAGCCGUAUGGGUGCUCCGCGUGUGAGAAAACAUUCUCCAGCUCCUUUAAUCUGUCCAGGCAUCAGAAAAUCCAUGUGAGGGGGAAGCUAUAAUGUGGCACUUUUACACAAAAGAUGGUAGGGCGAUCAGAAUAGCUUGAUACAGGUAGUCCUUU